AUGGCGUCGCCAACGCAGUCUGGCGCGCAGGCCACGAGCGAGCCGUCAUCCACUCACCCGCCAGAUGCCUCAACCUCCACGACAUCUGAGCAAGGGAACGGCGCCGGCGUGGAUGUUGCUGCAAACAAGGUCUUCGACACCGUCGAGCUCCUGGAGAUGAUCCUCCUCGGCGUCCCGAUGAUGGAUCUGUUCGUCCUGCAGCGGACCAGCAACACCUUUCGCGAUACCAUGCGGGGCUCCAAGAAGCUGAAGCAGCAUAUGUUCCUGGAGCAGGCUCCCACCAAAACGGCGGUAGAGAAUCCAGUCAUGGAGUCACUCUACUGGCAGCCAGACAACUUCGGCAACUCGUGGACUCUGAGGGGCAUCGCCUGCUUCAAAAGGAGCCUCAAAUUCCACUUUGAAGAAAUGGUCUUGAAUGAAAAGGGCUUUUAUGAGCCUUCCAAAUAUGCACAGGCUAAGGAGGGAGGGCAGAGUCAGACCACUGGAGUUUCGGCCACCGACAGACAUACUCCACUUCAUCCCUUCUCACCCUCGCACCAAGAGAAGUUCUCAUUCCCAUCACAUAUCACAUCCGUCCACUCUUCACCAGGCAACCCAAUCGUCCACUCCUUCAAAAUGCACUCUGCUGCACUUCUUUCCCUCCUAACCCUCACCCUCACCACACGCACCCUCGCCGACUUCACCAUCGGCAACUGCGCCUCCUACACCCCCUCAAACUCCAGCGCCCUCCCAUGCUCCUCCAUCAAAUGCGACUACGUCGCCGUGCCCGCCACAGUCAACAUUUGCAACAUUAACAGCACAAUCCGCACGCACAAUGAUGGAGGUGUGUGUCCGGGCAAUGACGGGAACCGCUCGUUGGAUUUCUGUCUGGCGGAGUCGACGGGGAGUGGAUGUCCGGGGAGUUUUCAGAUGAAUACCAGAGACGACUGCGGUGACGUCGUGCUUGCCAAUGAUGGGGCUUUGCCUGACGAUGGAUAUUUCUACGCUGAUCUGAUCGAUACCUCGAGGAAUAAUAUCGCCGUGGGAAGAUGCGUUUAUGAGACCGCGCCUGGUGGAGAGGUUGCUUGUUCGAGAGGGAAUACCACUAGGAACUGUGAGACGUUCGUCAAGUGCUAUACCGGGAUGUAUGGGACGAAGGAGUGUUGA